AUGGAGGAGUUUCGGCGGGCCUACGAGCGGCUGUGCGCGACGCCGCAGGAGGCUGUGCUGCGGCGGCUGCGGGAGCGCGGAGCGGCGCCAGGCCGCGGCCGCCUGGACCUGACGGCUCAGAGCCUCUCGCUGGAGACGUGCGGAGCGCUCGGCCGGCUGCUGCCCGGCGCCGCGCCCUUCACCGAGGUGGUGCUCGGUGACUGCGGCUUGAGCGAGGAAGGUGUAAAACUUCUGUUGCAUGGUCUUUGCUCCAACACCACAGUCAAAUCUUUGGAUCUGAAGGGAAAUAACCUGCGAACCGUGGGAGCUGAGGCUUUGGGAAAGCUUCUUAAGCAGAACAAAUCCAUCAGGAGCCUAAUCUUGGAAUGGAACAACCUUGGUGUGUGGGAGGAGGGUUUCUCCUUUUUCUGCCAAGGACUGGGAGCAAACAACAUUCUCCAGCGGCUAGAUCUACGCAACAACCAGAUCAACCAUCAAGGGGCUGGAGAGCUGGCCAUGGCACUGAAACAGAAUGCCAGCCUUCAGGAGCUGGAUUUGCGUUGGAAUAACAUUGGGCUUCUGGGUGGCCGAGCUUUGCUAAACUGCCUGCAUAGCAACAAGACCCUGAAGAAGCUGGAGCUGGCUGGGAACAAUGUUCCUAGUGACAUCCUGAGAGCUGUGGAACAAGCUAUGGAUCACAACCAAGACCGUCAGACAAUCCUGAAUGAGACCCAGAACCGCACAUACAUACUGACCAAGGAGGUUUUGAGUCUGAAGGAUGAGAAGACCAAGCAGUUCUUGGAUUUGAUGGACACUAUAGACAAGCAGAAAGAAGAAAUAGCCAGGAGUGGCAGGAUAUCUGCAGCACGAGUCAGCCAGCUUCAGGAAGCAUUGGAUGAGCAGCAGUCCAUUAUGAAUUCACUGAAAGCCAAGCUGCAGAUGACUGAAGCUGCCCUGGCUCUGUCUGAGCAGAAGGCACACAAUUUGAAAGAGCAGCUGAAUGUUGUAAAACAGGAACAAGCCAGCAUGGCUGAGCACCACUCAAAGGAGCUCCAGCAGCAAAAGCAGGAAAGUGCUGACCGGGAAGAGAAGCUUCGGCGUGACUUGUCUGCUGCCAGUGAGAAAAAUCUGCUUCUAAGAAACCAGGUGGAUGAGUUGGAGAGGAAAUGCAAAGUUCAGCAAGAUCAGCUAUUCCAGGUGAAACAAGACUUGACCAACACAACAGCAGAACUGAAGUUGAGGGCUGUGCAGGCUGAGGAACGCCUGGAAAUGGAGAAGAAAAGAUUUAAACAAAGCCUGGAAGACAUGGAAUCCCUUCGGGUAAAAGAGGUGGAUCAUAUGACACAGCACAUUGAGACCAGUGAACGUUCCAUGCAGGACAGGAUCCAGAGGCUGGAGGCCAUCAGGAUAGCUCUGGAGGAGGAGCUGAGCCAGGUCAAAGCAGCUGCACUGGCUGAGCGAGGCCAGGCAGAGGAGGAGUUCAUGAAAGUCCGGAAUCAGGCACGGCUGGAGGAGCAGCAACGAUUAGAACACUUUGAAGAGAAGCUGCGGAUGAUGACUGAGGCACGAGAUGAAGCUCAGAACUGUUGCCUUAAGCAAAAACAAAUGGUUGCUGAGGCCCAAGCCAAAGCAAAUCAGUUGAGCCUGCAAGCUGAUGGACUCAGAAGGCGGUUAGAGGAACUUCAGCAGGACCUGAACAGUAAGGAGGAGGAGAAAGUGACAGCGGUGAAUAAAGUGAAAGUGGAAUUACAGGAGCAGAUUGGACGCCUGCAGGCUGAACGCACAGCACAGGAUGGGCUGAGAGAGAAGAUUGCAGCCCUGGAGAGACAGCUGAAAGCACUGUCAAGUAAUCACCGUGAGGCACUGCUGGACAAGGAAGGUGAAAUAUCUAUGCUACUGGAGAAGCUGAGAAUGAGAGAGGCUGACAUCUCCAGGAUGAGGGAAGAAGAGGCCCAGCGAGCAAGUUUCUUGCAGAAUGCCAUCAUGACAUAUGUGCAGGGCUCCCCCUUGGGAACCCACAGUUCUAGGAAAUGA